AUGCUAGUCUGCGCGCCGUGUUCGUCUACACAUCAUGCCGAACAUCUAGUUCCCCGAGGCCCCGCAGGCCACAAAUGGAGGCCGACAGAGCGGAGGGAGGAAUGUAAAUGCUUUCGGUCUAUAGGGUAUCAAGAAAUGGCCCCUCGCGAGUCUACCUACCCGUACCCAGCCAUGCAAAUCCGUUGUUUGGAGCCCUCUUGUAAAGGAGACGUUUAUGCGUGUUCAUUUGAGAAUAUCCUCCCUGUUCAAGGAAGAUUCUAA